CGGCUUGCCAUACAGCACAGCACCCACUCUCAGGCGAAUAAUCGAACACAAUCAGAGUACGACGCCGACUAGAGCAAGCACCAUUAGAGCAAAAAUGCCUGCACCAACGGCUCUGCAAAGAGCGCCCGAAAAAGUCGAAGACGAAAUUGUGCACGACGCACCGGAAACCGCAGUCGACUCAGAGAUCAUAUCCUCGACCAUCGUGCCCACCGAGCAGUCGACCGCCGACCACGACAUUGCCAUGGAAAUUGACGGUGGCUCCGCAGCCCUCUUCUCCCCGGAGAAGCCUUCAGAAAGUCGCCACAAGCGAGAAGAGCGCAACGUCCGCGUCCCACCCCACCGCAUGUCACCUCUCAAAGUCUCCUGGCCGAAAAUCUACCCAGCCCUUGUCGAACACCUCAAGCUCCAAGUGCGCAUGAACGUGUCCAAGAAAUCUGUCGAAUUGCGAACAUCCAAAUAUACCACCGAUACUGGCGCGAUUCAAAAGGGAGCAGAUUUCAUCGAAGCGUUCUGCCUCGGCUUUGAUCUAGAUGAUGCGAUUGCGCUGCUGAGGUUGGAUGAUUUGUACAUGCAGAGCUUUGAGAUCAAGGAUGUGAAGAGCUUGGAAGGAGAGCACUUGAGUCGCGCUAUUGGGAGAAUUGCAGGCAAGGAUGGAAAGACCAAGUUUGCGAUUGAGAAUGCGAGCAGAACGAGAGUUGUGCUGGCGGGGAGCAAGGUGCAUAUCCUAGGAGGGUUCAAGAAUCUACAUGUCGCGAGGGAGGCGAUUGUGAGUCUGAUUUUGGGAAGUCCCCCCGGCAAGGUUUAUGGGAACCUAAGGACUGUGAGUGCAAGGAUGAAAGAGAGGUUCUAGGGACUUCUUCACGCUUGGUCGAACUGGUGUUGUCGUCACUUGCAUGGUCGGCAUAGCUCAGCACGAAGUCCUAAGGGGUGAGAGGGUUGUGCUUUUACGAGGGUCUGAAUUUCAGCGAUGGUGUCUGGCGUACAAGGCCAAGUUUUUUGCCCAUGAAGGCUACGAUGAAGGACGAUGAUGGCAGGGUGAAGAUAGAAAGAAAAGCACAUUUGGUCUCUGCACAUUUAAUAGACGUGCCUCUGCCUCUGUCUAUUACGAAGUACCCUCGCGCCGGUACGUCUGAAUGGGCCCGCUCUGGUAUGCUCCCAGCGCCAGGUAUCUUGACACCCAGCGUGCAAGCUUUGAAGGGACGCGGCUCCCCAACCGUGGUUAUGCAGCGAGGAGUGCCGAGCAAGCAUCGAGCACUCUCAUACCGGAAUGCUGAAGGGCUGCAUCAAACCCAUCUUGUUUAGUAUUCC